GUCAUUGGGGACUCCACCUUGUCCCACAAGGUGGUGGGGAAAGUCCAUGCUGCGGCCCCCGGGGUAGACCAUCAGGUUCAUUUCUCUGUGUGGGACCAGACACCUGGGUGAAUUUGCCUCUGACAUUAGGACCCGGCGAAGUCCCUUUCGAGAAGCACCUCGGGCUGGCCACCCGUGGGCUUGGCAAGUGGGCCGGGGUCUGUGAAAGACGAGAUCGCUUUCCUGAAGGCAGUUCGGCACUCACAUUCUCCGAUGAGGCAGCACUUUCAAAGUUACCCAGAGCCAAGCUUGGUGGCGCACACAUGUAAUCCCAGCACUCGGGAGGCUGAGGCAGGAGAAUCGCCGGGAGUUCGAGAUGAGAGGGGAGGCAUCAGAGUUGCCAGCGUAGAUCAGCAACUUCCGGUGCUCAGCGUGCUCAGCAUGGAGAAACCAGAGAGGACGGAAGUGGUUCUCCUGGCGUGUGGCUCCUUUAACCCCAUCACCAACAUGCACCUCAGGCUGUUCGAGCUGGCGCGGGACUACAUGAACUCCACAGGAAAAUACAAAGUGGUCAAAGGCAUCAUUUCUCCCGUGGGCGACGCAUAUAAGAAGAAGGGACUCAUCCCUGCACACCACCGGGUUAUCAUGGCGGAACUGGCCACCAAGACCUCUGGCUGGGUGGAGGUGGACACGUGGGAGAGCCUGCAGAAGGAGUGGGUGGAGACCGUGAAGGUGUUAAGACACCAUCAGGAGAAGCUGGAGGCUCGCAGUUGUAACCAGCAGCAGAACUCCCCUGUGCUCGAGAAGCCUGGCCGGAAGCGGAAGUGGGCUGAACAGAGACAGAACUCCACGCAGAAGAAGCUGCUGGAGCCCAACACGAAAGGCGUGCCCCAGGUGAAGCUGCUGUGCGGGGCGGACCUGCUGGAGUCCUUCGGGGUGCCGAACCUGUGGAAGAGCGAGGACAUUGCCCACAUUGUGGCGGACCACGGGCUCAUCUGUGUCACCCGGGCCGGCAGCGACGCCCAGAAGCUCAUCUACGAGUCAGACGUGCUGUGGAGACACCGGCGCAACAUCCACCUGGUGCACGAGUGGGUCCCCAACGACAUCUCGUCCACCAGGAUCCGCAGGGCGCUGCGCCGGGGCCAGAGCAUCCGCUACCUGGUGCCGGACCUGGUGCAGGAGUACAUUGAGGAGCACAGCCUCUACAGCGCCGAGAGUGAGGACCGGAACCUGGGGGCCACCCUGGCGCCCCUGCAGCGCAACGCCGCGGAGGCUCCUUCCUAGGGCCCUUGGGCCUAGACCGCUGCUCCUCAACCGCGGGAGACUGAUAAAAGUCAGCAGAAAAUGAAAAUCUCAUUAGGGUUUUUUUUCCUUUUUAUCAGAGUUGCCAAGACGAAUGUUUUUAAAGAAUGUU